AUGGCCUCCCUUUCAAGGGGCCUCGGCCUCCGCCUGACCCUCCUCCCCGGGGCACCCCUCGCCGCGCCGCGACCCCUCCAGCCCGUCCCCCAACGGCUCUUCAGCACCAUCUCCUCUCUCCGAGCCGCGAAAGCCGGCGCCGAAAAGUCGGCAAUUCGCAAGGCCGCCGUCGUCAAACCCAAACCGAAAACCACAACCUCCUCCACCGCAACGGCGCCCGCGUCGGCAGGCCCGACCAUUACGACUACGAACCCGGCCGCCUACGGCCUGAUCAAGCAGCUCGCGCAAAAGGGCAGCCCGACGCUCCUCUACGAGUCCGGCUCGCACUUCUGGAUGAAGGCCUCGACGUGGGGCGCGGCGACAAUGUUCUACAGCUACGCGGUGAUCAACUACAGCUUCUUCCGGGACUUCGUCGCGGGCCGGGCGGACGAGAUCGGGUCGUGGGUGACGUGGGUUUUCGGCGCCGUGUGCAUCGCGACGGCCGGUUUCGGGUCGUACUUUUUCAGGGCGAGCCACAACAUUGUCAAGACCAUCCGCGCCGUGCCCGCCGCGACGCUGGCCGAGGCCGGCUCGCUGCCGCGCGGCGUCAACCCCAAGACGACGCCGAUCCUCCUCGAGAUCCAGGUGAAGCGUCUCAUCCCGGGCCUGUCCAAGAAGAUCGUCGUCGCCCCUGAGCAGGUCAAGAUCCCCUACAGGGUGUUCCAGCCGCUGUCGCCGUACCAGACGACGGCGCAGGCGCGGGCCCAGGAGAGGAAGGACAAGGCCGAGGCCAAGAAGCAGUGGGAGUACGACCAGAAGCACCUCAUGACGGUGCCGAUCCGCCACGCAGGCAGCGGGAUGAAGUCGGCGUGGUUCGGCAUCCAGAGGGCGCUGACCAAGAGCGGCUUCAUGAAGAUGGAGGCUGGCGGGGAGAAACUGAAGUUGGACGUCGCGUCAGGUUGGGCAUUGGAGGAUGGGCGUGCGUUGGACCGUCUUGUCACGAUUGAAAAAUGA